AUGUUCACUGCACCGACGAUCAAUCAAAUAAACAAAAUUCAAAAUUUCAUUUUAAAUUUAGUUGUAGAUGCUCCUUCUUUGAAUUAUUCCAUGUGUUACUUGCUUUUAAUCGCGGCAAUCUACAAACGAUUUAAAUAUGUUGAUCAACUAUUAACUCAAAGCAAUGUUAGUUUAAGCACUAUUAAGAAGCUGCGUCGAAUUCAUGACAAACUUUUGGACACUUUGAACCUCAUCAACUCAUGUUUCAUUAUUUAUGUUCUUUGUAUACUUGGUGGAGUCUUCAUUACAAUUGUUUUCAAUCUUUACUCUUUAUAUCACUUUCUGGAAGCAAAUGUGCAAGAUGCCAAAAGCAUUAUUGCCAAUUUUAUGAUGUUAUUUACUUUGAUAUUUCCACUUCUGCAAUCUCUUUGGAUCAUCACUUACUCCAAAUGGAUCGCCGAAGAUAACUUGAAGAUAAGGACUUUCAUCAACGCAAAGCUGACUAGAAACCAAAAGUUUUUGGAGUCUUUAAAUCUCUUUGAAAUGCAAUUGCAACAUAGAAAGCCGAGAAUUUCUGUUGGACUUUUUGAUGUCGACUUGAAAUUCUUAUUCACAUUUAUAACUGCUUUCAAACCUUCAAACACACAUCACAAAGUCAUCUUAAUUCGACGAUUAGUUCAACGGUUGAACUUCAACCUUUUGGGUUUUGAGAGCAAAGCCAAGGAUAUUCAUUUGUAA